AUGACUGCUGAGCCGAAGGAGAGCACAGAGAGCAAGGAAUGGGGAGACAAGGCAGCAGAGGGCUCUUCGUCCUGGGAGGAGAGUCGAAACUCUAGGUACAGCCGCAAGAGCUGGCGAGACUCAGAUGGCUGGGAGGACCAUCGUCAUAAGGACGACAGUGCCAACUCCUGGGACAACUGGGACUAUGGCUGGAGGAAAGGAGCACGUGGCUCCCGACGUUCGCAGCGACAGGCAGACUCCUGGAACGACGAUUGGUCGCGCUGGCAUCGUGAGGAGCGCUCAGAGCCUGCGCCGGCUUUGCAGGAGGAGACGCCUACAGCUGCCACUCCAGAGGAGCCGCAAGCAGAAGGUAGUACCACUGCCAGCAGCAGUUCAGACAGCCCAGGCGCGCAAGCCGUUCCGGGCGACUCAGGCUACACGACCGUGAUGCUGCGGAACAUCCCGAACAAGUACACCAGGGAAAUGCUCGUGAAGCAACUCAACCAGGAUUUCAAAUCACGAUUUGACUUCGUUUAUUUGCCCAUUGAUUUUAAGAACAAGUGCAACGUGGGCUAUGGAUUCAUCAAUUUCCGUACAUCCGCAGCCUGCGACGAAUUCAUCGCGAAGUACGAUGGUGUCGAUGUUCGCAAGUGCCUUCCUGGGCUGAACUCCAAAAAGGUCGCUGGCGUGACGCCUGCGCGCGUUCAGGGCCUCGAGGAGAAUGUCCGGCGCCUGCGAACAGGACCCGUCAUGAAUGAGCUCGUCAACCAUCCAGAAUGGAUGCCUCUGCUGCUGGAUGAGAACGGAGAGGCGGCCUUUGGGGAGCAGACAAUCUGCAUCUCAGAUGCUCCUACGUAA